ACCCUUUUGAAGUUUGGGCCACAUCCUAAAGCCACUCCAACAACCAGGGAAACCCUAGGCACCAAGGGAGUAACCCCCCAUCAAAAAUCGAAAUCGGGCUAGGAUUACACAGCGAGCAAAGAUGAACACAGAUAUCACUGCCUCUGUGAAGCCUGAGUAUCCAGUAAUCGAUCGAAACCCUCCCUUCACGAAGACUCUUGCCAAUUUCAGCGCACUUGAUUACCUUCGAUUCGUUACCAUCACCGGAGUCUCCGUCACAGUCGGAUACCUUUCUGGAAUGAAGCCCAACAUUAGAGGUCCUUCGAUGGUAACUGGAGGUCUGAUCGGUCUCAUGGGCGGAUUUAUGUACGCGUAUCAGAACUCUGCUGGGAGGCUCAUGGGGUUCUUCCCUAAUGACGAAGAGGUAGCCCGGUACAAGAAAUUGAACAACUUUUAGUCGUUAAUUUAAUUUUAGACGAACGAAAGAAAGAGCAUUUGUGGGUUUCAUCUCCCGUCUGAGACAUUUGGUUUUGUCAAUAAUCAAAUUCUUCUUCUCUGUUGGCUUCGUUGUUGAGGUUGAUUUCUGGUUAUUUGCUAGUAACCUAAGCCUGAAUCGUCCAUUCUGUUGGGCUCCUCUAAAUUGACUUUAUCUGUACUUUCAUUGAGCUUGAAAUCUUCCACAAGCACACAGUCACCAUGUAUUGAAAGAUAAUACUGAACUAUAUCUAUUUGAUUGAGCCCUCAA